CCACUACAUUGGGGGUGGCCGAAUAGAACUAUUAUAGAAGACAACUGAAAGAAUAAUAAACAAGUAACACGUUAAACAAAUUUUCUUUUUAUCUGUACAAUGUUUCGAAAAGUGCUCUGUAACAAACCUUUUAUUCGAUGUUUUACCAACACUAGCCAAAAUGGAAAUUUUGUGAGGAUCGUUGAAGUUGGACCAAGAGAUGGUUUACAAAACGAGAAACAAGUUGUUCCGACUGCCGCGAAGAUUGAAUUCAUCAACAAACUGUCAGAUGCCGGACUUAAAUCAAUUGAAGCCACAAGCUUUGUGUCACCCAAAUGGGUUCCACAAAUGGCAGACCAUUCAGAAGUAUUAAUGGGCAUCACUAAAUAUACUGAUGUCAGUUAUCCUGUUCUCACUCCAAAUAUCUUGGGUCUAAAUGCUGCAAUUAAAGCAGGAGCUAAGGAAGUGGCAGUCUUUGGUGCAGCAUCAGAAUCUUUUAGUAAGAAAAAUAUAAACUGUACUGUGAAAGAAAGUAUCCAUCGGUUUGAAGAAGUUGUUAAGGAAGCCAAAAAACAUGGAAUACGUAUCCGUGGAUACGUUUCGUGUGUCGUCGGGUGUCCAUAUGAAGGCGCAAUUGCACCCUCGGCUGUAGCGCAAGUUGCUGAAGCUUUGUUCAACGUAGGCUGUUACGAAGUAUCUUUAGGUGAUACCAUUGGAGUUGGAACUCCUGGAUCUAUCAGCAAAAUGUUAACGGAAGUGUCAAAGCAUAUCCCAGUUCAAUUUCUUGCUCUUCAUUGCCAUGACACAUACGGGCAAGCCUUGGCGAAUAUCUUACGAGGACUUGAUAUGGGGAUAACUGUCGUUGAUUCGUCCGUCGGCGGAUUAGGUGGAUGUCCAUAUGCGAAAGGAGCAUCGGGUAAUGUGGCGUCGGAAGAAGUCGUUUACAUGUUACACGGGCUCGGUAUGGAUACAGGAAUUGACUUGAACAAGCUAAUUGAAGCAGGGCAAUACAUGUCUACUACGCUAGGACGGCCGACUGGAUCGAAAGUAAGUCGCGCCUUGUUGUCUAAAAAAUGUUGAGUUGUAGGCUACAAACAAGGAACAUGUAAGACAAAUUGUAAUAUAUUUAUUUCUCAUCUAUGAAAAAUUUGCAAUCAUUCAUUUGUUAUAUUUUAUAAGGAUCUUUCCUUGGUGGGCAUUAAUUUUUUUCCAAAGAUCAACUUGCAAAGAUUUACUUUCCAUUAUGUCUGUGUAUAUCUGACCAUCCAAAUGAUCCAUUUCAUGUUGCACAAUUCUUGCAGCCCAUCCUGUGGCAUCCCAUUCUGUUGGAGAUCCAUCAUAUUCAUAUCCCUAGUCAUAGAUUUGAAUGAAUUGUUGAUCAUUAAACCAAAAACCAAAACAUUUACCUUCACAUGAACUGCUCUAUAUCUAGGCACUAUUGCACUUAUUCCUUUGAGGCUCUCACAAGCUUCAGGAAACAAAGUUUUCUUAAAAUCCUUAACUUGCAUCACUGGGUUAAUAAAUACCUGUAGAUGU